AUGGCUCGCCCUGCCCGAGGCGGCAUUCUAAUAAAACCGUAAAAAUGGUGGAGAACGGGAACCGGAAGAACGGGCACUCGCACGCGCGCGAGGUGACCGUCGUCGUAGCCAGCGUCAGCGGCCUCAAGACGGCGCUGGCCGGCAGCGAUCGGCGCGUCUUUGUGAGGGUGCGAAGCGCGGCGGAGUCCAAGUGGCAGCGGACGGCGUGCGCGCCGCGGAGCGCCGCGGCGUGGGAUGAGGUCUUCGCCGUCAACCACGUGCACCGCGGCCAGCUCUUCGUCGAGGUCGUCGAGGAGGGCCGGAAGAAGGCGAGCUUCAGCGCCGUCGCGCCGCUCGAGGCCCAGGGCCGCUUCCAGCUGCCGCUGGCGCCCGGCGUGGCGCUGACGUGCACGGUGCGGCGCGGGUCGCCGCUGACGUCGUUCGCGGAGACGGAGGCGCUGAUCGUCGCGCUCUCCGGGCGGCUCGAGCGCGCGGACGCGGAUCGCAAGCGGCGCUUCUUCGCCUGGGUCCGGGCGUCGCAGCUCCGGAGCGGGUUCCGCUGCUUCCAGGCGGGGCUGCGCGCGCGGACCGGCGUACGGACGCGGCGCGACACGGACGCGGAGCUGCGGCGCGAGCGGCGCGCGCGGUCCGAGGCCGAGGACGCGCUGAGCUCCGCGGUGUCGGCGCGCGACGGCCGCUCCGAGGAGCGCGAGCGCCUGCUCCGGGACCAGCACGAGGCCGCGAUCGCCGCGGCGACGGCCAUCGCCGCGAGCGCGAUCCGCUACCACGAGGACCUCGCGCGCGAGACGGCGGCGGCGCACGCCGCGGAGCUCCGGGAGACCGUCCAGGCCCUCGAGCGCAAGCGCGCGGACGCCGUGCGCGAGCUCGAGGAGACCUACGCCGGUGUCGUCCGGGACCGGGACGAGGCCUACGGGAAGCAGGUCGUGCUCCUCCGCGAGCGCCGGUGUCGCGAGGGCCACGCGGCGGAGCUCGCCGCGCUCCGCGACGGCCACGACUCGGCGCUCUCCGCGGCCGCGGAGAUGAUGGAGCUCGAGAAGCAGCGGCAGUGCGACGCGGCGCUCGCCGACGCCGCGCGCCAGCGCGACCGGUCCUUCACGGAGGAGAAGGAGGCCCUCGAGGCCGCGCUGCGCGACGGCCACGGCCGCGACCGCGAGGCGCUCGAGCGGCAGCACGGCGAGCACCUCGAGAAGCUCCGCUCGCGGACGCGCGAGCUCGAGGAGGCCGCCGCGGACGCGGAGCGGCGCCACGCGGACGGCCUCGCGGAGGUCGAGCGGCACCACGUCUCCGAGCGCCGCCGGGAGCUCGCCGCGCGCGACGACGCGCACACGGAUGCGCUCGAGAGCAGCGAGGCGGCCCUCGCGACGCGGCACCGCGCGGCCAUGGACGAGCAGGCCGAGAGCCACCGGGCCCUCUACGAGGCCCAGGCGACGACGCACCGGGCCGCGCUCGACGCGCAGGCGUCGAGCCACCAGGUCGCCAUGGAGACGCUCGCGUCGAGCCCGGUGUUCGCGCGGAGGUCGAGCCACAAGGCCGCGUUCGAGAAGCAGGUCGCGAACCACAAGCAGCUCAUGGACGACCACACGGCGACGCACGAGGAGACGUCGCGCGUGCGCGACGACUCCUACGGGAAGCAGCUCGGGCAGAUGCGCGAGAGCCACGCGGUCGCCGUCGAGGCCAUGCGCCGCGGCCACGACCAGCGCCACGACGAGGCGCUCAAGACCGAGAAGCAGAUGACCGUCGACGCCAAGGACCGCGAGCACGGCGCCGCCGUGCUCCACGCCCUCCGGGAGCGCGACGAGGCGCACGCGGCCGAGCGCCAGGCGCUCGAGGACGUCAUCGCCUCGCGCCACGCGCAGGAGCUCGCGGCCAGGAGCGCGAGCCACGAGGAGGAGCUCGCGGCCGUCGCGCGCCGGCACGAGGACGCGCUCCAGGCGUCGCACGCCGAGAAGGACCGCGCGCACGACGAGCGCCUCGCGGCUGCGCUCGGCUCGAUGCGCGACGACCACGACGCGGCGCUCGGCUCGAUGCGCGACGACCACGACGCGGCCCGCGCCGAGGACGCGAACGCUCGCGCGCGCCGCGUCGUCGGCCGCUGGCUCCACCGCUUGCUCUCCGAGGGCUGGAACAAGUGGCGCACGUCCGUCCGCGUCGCCACGGUCGCGGAGAUGCGGGAGCAGCACGCGAGAGAGAUCGCGGCACUGCGAAACGCGGCGCGCGCCGAGGACGCGAACGCCCGGGCGCGGCGCGUCGUCGGCCGCUGGCUCCACCGCUUGCUCUCCGAGGGCUGGAACAAAUGGCGCACGUCCGCCCGCGAGGCGACCCACGCCGCGGCGCUCGCGGAGGCCGCUCGCGUCCGCGACGGCCAGACCGCGUCGCUGCGCGAGCAGCACGACGCCGCGCUCGCGGCGGCCGCCGAGGCGUCGAGGCUCGAGCGGGACCGGGACCUCCUCGCCGCGCGCGCGGCCCUGGCGCGGGACCACGACGGCGCCCUGGCCGCGGCGCUCGCGGCCCGCGAGGCCGAGCUGCGCGCCGACUUCGAGGCCGCGCUCGAGGAGGAGCGCGCGGCGCGCGACGCGAGCCUCGACGCGCAGCGCGCCGAGCACGCCGAGGCGGCGGCCGCGCGCGAGCGGGCCUUCGACGACGAGCGGUCGACGCUCGAGGAGGAGCUCGUGACGACGCUCGUCGAGCGCCACGCGAAGGAGCUCGAGAAGCGGAACGCGGAGCACGCGAUCCUCGUCGCCAACUGCGAGCGGAGCGCGCGCGCCGAGCUCGACUGCCGGCGCGGCUGCGAGGAGGACCUGCGCGUCAAGCACAAGGAGGCCCUCGCCGACCAGGCGAAGAAGCACGCCGCCGCGCUCCAGGAGCGCGACAACGAGUACGUGACCCAGCUCCAGGCGCUCCGGGAGACGCACGCGGCGGCCGUCUCCGCGAUGCGCGAGAAUCACGCCGCCUCCCUGGGAUCGACGCGGGAGAUGGCUCGCCUCGAGAAGGACCACGAGCAUCGGAGCCUGGUGACGAACGCGCUCCGGGAGCGGGACGACACGCACGGCGCGGAACGCCGGGCCCUCGAGGACGCGCUCGCCGCGGACCACGCGCGCGACCUGGCCGCGAGGAGCGCCGCGCACGACGCGGCCUUUGGCACGUUGGCGGCGCAGCACGACGCGCGCCUCGCGGAGCACGCGGCGCAGCAGGCCCUCCACCUCCAGCAGGCGCUGGAGGCCGCCCGGCGCGAGCGCGACCUCGACAACGACGAGAAGCUCGCCGUCGCGCUCCGCGACAGGGACGAAGCGCACGAGAUCGAAAAGGACGAGCUCGACCUCUUCCUCAUGUGCAAGUCCGAGCGGGAGCUCGACGCGCGGUCGAGCGCCUACGACCGCGAGCUCGCGAGCAAGGACGAGCAGUUCCGGGCGCUCGAGGCCGAGCUCCGCGCGGACCGCGAGCACUUUGCGAGCCAGCUCGCCGAGCUCGAAGCGCGCCACACCGCGGAGAUGGAAGAGCGGAUGGCCGAGCUCGAGGAGUCGCACUUCGAGGCCAUGAACGAAGCGGUGUGCAGCGUCGCGGCGGACAAGGACCGGGAGCGCGACAUCUCCCUCUCGUCGCGGACUCAGACGCUCACGGAGCGACAUCGGGAGGAGCUCGAGCUGGCCGCCGAGCGACACGACGCGACGAUGGCGCGGCGGCGGCGGAAGCGUCUUUGCGGGAGCAGCACGAGACCGCGUUCUUCGCCGCCGUAG